UCUAUUGAACCGACGAACAGACAUACACUCUCAACUGCAGUUUCAUCUCGACGGGGCCUGCGUGUGGCAUCGCAGAAGGGUCCGGGUGAGAGUCGUCUUCAAAAUCUCGGUGACUGCAUCUUCAGCUUGGAGAAUCUACAAUCGGCUUUACCCGGUGCAAAGGCGCUAAAACAGGAGGAUGAAGUGAAUUUGGAAUUCUUCUGUGACAUUGAUUUUCUUAAUGCAAUUCUCUCCCGUUAUGAGGCUCUCAGCGCUCAAGGCUACGAGACCAACUUCGAGAUGAAUCGGGAGAUUGUGAUAUUAAAGCCACCAACUUCGUCAUCACCUUCGGAGAAGACAAUGGAAUGCUUCUCGUUGCAUCUCGACGAUCCAAUUAGCAAGACUAUUGUGGCCGAUAUUGAGAAAAUUAUCACUGGUGAAUUUAAACAACCAGAGGAGUGCCUCUCGGAGUCCGAGCUAGCAGCCGAAAAGAGCGAUUGCACUGAACUUAUUAAACAACUGGAGGCAAUUGUGACGAAAUAUGAUAAAUGA